AUCAAGGGCGACGCACAAGUGAGAAGAGACCGACCAUGGCUCGUUUGAUUUUAAUGAUCGUUUUGCUUGUCGCCGCCGCCCUGGCCAACGAAUCUUCCAACAAGCCAGAAGAAUCCGAGUUUCGACAGGAAAUUUUGAAGAAUUUUAACAAAACAAACGAAAAGUUGGACCGACUGAUGAGAAUCGUCUUCAAUCAGCCUGUGGAGAUGCGCAGAUUUGUUGAGGAGCAAAAGGCGGAGGUAAAGCUGGAGCUGAUGAAAUUUGCCAACGCGACCAACGACAAACUGGACCAACUGGCCAAAACCGUCGACCAGCGCUUCGAUCAGGCUUUAGAAAAGGACAGACAAAUUGAGGAACAGACGAAGAACAACAGAGAAAAAUUGGACGCUUUGGCAAAUAUUACAGAGCAUCAUAUUCAGCAUUUUCAAAUCAGAUUUCUAUCACACUGCAGCCUCGCUCGUUCGUCAAACCUGACGUUGCUGUCCAACGGCAAGAAGUACUCCUUCCAUCAAACCAAAAAAAACUGGACUUCUGCAAACGAGUUUUGCAGCAAAAAUGGCCUCAACUUGGCCACAAUCACAGAUCUAAAUGACGCUCACGUGGUCGCGGCACAAGGACGAAGAAUUAUUUCUGGUCAAGCUUGGUGGGUUUCGGCAAAAAACGAAGGAAGGGGAAGUGAAAUGGACUUCCGGUGGCUCGACGGGACCAGGUUGGAGUUGGACAGUCUGUUGUGGUGGGACGGUGCAAACAAGACCAACGACUGCGUUAUCAUUAAUAAUUGGACCGGGGGAAAAUUGUGGAGCGACCCAUGCAUCAACCCUCGGUUUUUCAUUUGCAAACUGCCCAGCGAAUGUUAAUGAGAGCAAAUUUCAGUUAGCGUUUUGCCCCCAAAACAAUUAUAUUAUUUUUCAAUACUUCAACGACACGGGAAUUUCAAAAAAUAUAAAAUAGUUGUGCGACUUUUCUGAUUAUUUUUGAAUUUUGGAAUAAAAUCGGUAAACAGAUUUUACAUGCCUUCGUUAUUAAUUUAUU